AUAUUUUAUGUUGCCUCCUUCGUGAUUGCAUAGCUGGCGUUUCGGGUUCGAGCGAUGGGGCGAGUGUGAGUGCAGCGGCGGGACGGGAGGUGGAGAUGGAGGACGAUACACGACCGCCACACCGUCCAAGUCCUCAAUAUUUUCAAGGACAAAAUGCCCACCACACAGUCCUCGACCCACCGCUUUGCCCACCCGAACUUUGUCAAUGUCGAAACAUUCACGACGUACCGCCCGCCAAUCCACUCAACGCCGUUCCGGAAACCGGAAUGGGUGGAUCUGAGCAAGACGAUAUGGAACCACUUUUGGGACAAGGUCGGAGCGAAGGGAAUGGGCGUUUUCUGCUGAUAUCUCGUUACUUGAUGCCUACCCGCGCAUAG